AUGCUCCCCAGCGCCCUGGCGGCCCCCGCCGGCGCCUACUGGGACGUGGUGGCCUCCUCCGCGCUGCUCCACUGGCCCGCCGCGCCCGGCUUCGGCAGCCUGGGCAAGAGCUUCCUCAUCGAGAACUUGCUGCGGGCCGGGGGCGCCCCGCCGCCGCCAGGGCUGCAGCCGCCCCCGCCCCACGGCCCCGCGGCCGCGCUGGCCACGGCCACGGCCACCGCCACGGCCACCGCCACAGCGGGCGCGCAGGUCCGGCCGCUGCCGGCCAGCCCGGUGCCCCUGAAGCUGUGCCCGCCGGCCGAGCCCGCCAGCCCCGGCGGCGGGGCACCCUAUGGCACGCGGUGGGCAUUUCAGGUGCUCAGCCCCCCUGCGGACGGCGCCAGGCUGCCGGGCCGGGCCCCCGGGGACCGAGACGGCACCUUCCACCCUCCCGCCCCAGCGCCUUCCAAGCCUUUUUUCCUGACUGCCCCGCCAUUCUACUCAGCGUGCUGCGGUGGGUCCUGUCGGCGCCCCGCAUCCCCCACUGUUUUUCCAAGUGAGGAAAGCGUGCUGCCUCUCCUGGCACAGGACUCUAACUCCAAAGCUCGGAGAGGCAUUUUAAGAAGAGCCGUCUUUUCUGAGGACCAGAGAAAGGCUCUGGAGAAAAUGUUUCAGAAGCAGAAAUAUAUCAGCAAAAUAGACCGGAAGAAGCUCGCCAUCAACCUGGGACUGAAGGAAUCACAGGUGAAAAUCUGGUUUCAGAACAGAAGGAUGAAGUGGCGGAAUUCCAAAGAAAAGGAAGUGCUUUCCAACAGGUGUGUCCAGGAAGCAGGCCUUCCGGAGGACCCCCUCUCUCGCUCCGCUCUGGGCUUCCCUUCGCCAUGUCCUUCCCUCUGGGACGCCUCCCAACAGCACUCGAGUCCUAGGUGGAGGGAGAAUUUGCCAGAACCUCCAGAAAGACUAAUCCAGGAGAGUUCGGGGCCACAGCCCCCAGAAGCCAAUUCACUGCGAGGUGCCUUAUAUUUGUGUUCUGAAGAAGAAGCUGGAGACAAGGGUGUACUUGUCUGA